CACUGCGUCUCGGGAAAGUAUCACCAUGAAAGAGACGGAGCUGUUUACUGUCCCUGCCACAGAGUUUGAAGGUCCAGACCUAGAAGCCAACCUGGAAGCUACACUUGCCCAUUUGGAGGAGCAACCUGACAACUUCUUUGAGGUUGUGGAAAGACAGGGGGGAGCUCCUGCUGAAAGAGAGGUUAGAGAGAGGGAGCAAGAGAUGGAUGCAGAGCCACCACGAACCAUUCCUGAAUUGCCAGAGGACACCAUCUUGCACCCACAGGAUAAGACCCUAGAGAUCCCUCCAACCAUUGCUCAGGAGCUAACCCCAGUCUCCACCCCUGCCGCUGCAGAGCUAGUUGCCGACUUAGAGGCUGCGCCCCUCCCAGGAAGGGAGGUGCCAAAGCGGAAGAGGAAGAGGCAGCUGAUCUUCUUUGACCCGGAAACGCAGAUCCACUGGGAAACGUUUAAGAGGCAGAUUGAUGACCCUCUGAUAGGGACCAGAGCCCCAUCAUUCCUCCCGCCUGUGUCUCAACGGAUGAAAACAGCUGGCGAGUUGCUUGGUGCACCUUGUAACGUCCUGCCAGGAGAGCUGCUGUUGCGAUGGAAACUGUGUACUAGCAUCACGACCGAGGCCGAGCGCGAACGACAGAGGCCUGAGGUCCCUGAAGAGGCAGCAAAACUGGGCGUGGACUCUACCUCGGACUCUGGUUUGCUGGAGAUGUCCAACCCCCGGGAGGUGAUUUACCAGUCAGACCAAGAUGGACCUGUCCCCACUCUGCCAGCCAUUCAUGAGGAGAUAGACAUGAUGCCAGAGAAAACGCUGGAGUCUGUUGGGUUGUUGCCAGGCCUGGAGGAGCAGCAGGGGGAGACUGCUGUUUUGUUUGAAACGCUGCUGCCUCCGCAGGCUGACCGCAGAACUGUCAGCAAUGUUUUUCAAAAACUCCUUGAGGAUUUGACAUCCAGGAGGAGGCUUGUGCAGCAGGACAUGCCUUUUGGGGACAUCCUGAUUACCCCUGGUCCCAACUCCUAGGACCCAAAAAUGUUACUAAUCAUUUGUUUGGUUCUUUUAUUCCUGUUCUUAAACUCUUUUAAUAUUCAUUGGGUUUUUAUUACUGUUCUUAAACUAUUUUACUGUUCACUGUGUUGUCUUUUAUUCCUGUGCCUAAAUCACAGUUGUCUUUUAUUCCUGUUCUAAAAAUAUUGGAUUUUUCACUCUGUUAUUCCUGAUCUGACAUCAAUUUGUGUGUACUCUUUGAUGUAAAGUUAGCUGUUAUUGUUAUCAUUUUUCCUGUUGUCUGGCCUUCAAUCGAAACAAACAGCCUGUGCUGUGUGUUGUGUUGGCCCCCCUCUGAAAAAUAAGGAGUAU